CCUUAUUAAUGAGCGCAUUGCUGCUUACCCACGCGGCUAGGCCUGACUCGAGGUCAAAGAUGUUAGUACCUGAAGAAGCUCUCUUCGUCUUCAUCACUCACAUCACUUCGUUUCUGUUGAUUGACUGUUCUAAAGAUACGGCCAUUCCAAGUUGCUGGUACGGCCAAUCUAUCAUCUGUUCUUGAACAAACUCCCCCCUACACCCACCCCCACCCCCACCCCCACCCUCUGCAAAUUCCCACACAGGUCGGUUUCUUCCUUCCCCCACUCUCAACUCUCUGCAAAUCCUGUCAGUUUUUUGGGCCACUCUUUUCUGUUCUUUUCUUUUUUAAUUAAAAAAGAUACCGUUUUUUCCCUUUGGUCUGCAAAUUUGUUUAGAUAGAUUGUCCUUUUUGUUGACUUUUGACGCAUUCAAACUGGCCAUGCGUUUUCCAUGAACUUAUCUUCCUCUGUUGUUGUUUACUCUGUAUCGAACUUUCAGAGGGCGGGUUGAAAUCCAUGGGCGGCCCACCCGAACUGCUCAUUCUUUUUCCUCCUUUUUCCACCCUUAUCUGAACAUGGACGCUGUUUAUCGGGUAUGGGUCACUGUUUCAUCGUAUUUGCAACCUCUGUUAGUCCUCGUCGCUUCGUUCCUUUCCAGGCUGCGGAAGGGUAUUUCUUAUUCUUCGGAGAAAAGCUUGGGGUUCUCUGAAACCCAGACUGAGUCUGUUCUUGGCGGCGAUGAAAUGGAGACGGAUUCAGUGAGAAUAUCUGAAGAAGAAAUAACUGGCGAGAAGGAAAACACUGAUUAUGGUUUCACAUUCAGAUUUCCCACCUACGAGGAAUUUAUUAAUGGCAAGAAACAGACUGGUGUUGAUUCUAAGAACCAGGUGUCUGAUAAGGGUUCUACCGGUCCAAUUACUGAACAAUUAGAUAUUGAUUCUAAGGGUGUGUGCUUAGAAGGAGAUGAAGACACUGUUUCAUUAAACAGGGUGUUGGAUGAAAAUCAUUUUCAAGGAGAAACUGUUGCAAAUAGUAGCAAAAUUGAGAUUUCUGACAGUGGUGUGUGGAAAGAAGAGAAAACUGAAGAAUUUGUUAAAACAGAGGACCAAUCUUGUAGUGAUGAUCUUGAUUUUUCCAGUGAGAUUCUGAUUCAACCUGAGGAAAAGAAAUCAUUAAACAGGGUGUUGGGUGAAAAUCAGUUUCAAGGAGAAACUUUUUCUAAUAAGAGCAAAGUUGAGAUUUAUGACAGUGGUGUGUGGAAAGAAGAGAAAACUGAAGAAUUUGUUAAACCAGAGGACCAAUUGUGUAGUGAUGAUCUUGAUUUUUCUAGUGAGAUUCUGAUUCAACCUGAGGAAAAGAAAUCCACAGAAGAGAAAAGUUGUGGUAUUGAUGAUGAUGCAGAUGAGAAAGAUUUACACAGUGAAGAUAACUUCUUCUGGUCUGAUGAAGAUUUUGGAGGAGACAUUGACCUUGAUGAUAGUGCUCUACUGGAGGAAGAGGCCAUUAAAGAGGUCAAACAAGGAAAUAGUGGAAUUCUAAAUUUGGAAUCCAGGUUUUUAUCAGAGAGUGAUUUUGAAGAAGAUGAAGAAUCCGAAUUGGAGUCAUGGGAACAUGAAGAUUUGCUUGAACAGUUAAAGAUGGAACUUAAAAAGAUGAGAGGCACAAGGUUGCCAACCAUCUAUGAAGAUUCGGCGUCUCCCAAAAUGGAUGAACUUAAGCCAUGGAAGAUCAAUGACAGAAUACAACGCGAAGAAAGCAUAUUAGAUGAACUGAUGAAGUUCAAUAAAAUCUACAAAGAGAGAAUGCACAAAUUUGAUAUCUUCACAAACCAAAAGCUAUUUACAUUAGGUUUCCUGCAGAAAGAGCCUUUAAAAGAUCCAUUUCAAUUGCUUUCUACCCACAAAUAUUCAACCCCGCCACCACUCUUGAAGAGUAUCUGGCCAUUCAAACAAAAAAACAGUGACAUUGAUGAUCCAGUGGUGAAGUUUGUAAAGGAAUUGCAGUGUGAACUGGAAGUGGUAUAUGUUGGGCAGAUGUGUCUUUCCUGGGAGUUCCUACACUGGCAAUAUGGGAAGACCAUUGACUUGUGGGAAACUGACCUGCCUGGAUCCCACCGGUAUAACGAAGUUGCUGAAGAGUUUCAACAGUUCCAGGUGCUCUUGCAAAGGUACAUAGAGGAUGAACGAUUUCAUGGGCGGAGAGUCCAAUGUUAUAUCAAGAGUAGAUGUGACUUCCGAAAUUUUCUGCAAGUUCCUCUUAUACGAGAAGACAAUUUGAAGGAGAUGAAGAAGGGUGGGAAGUUUGAAAAGGGUGACUUUGCAAUUACAAGUGAUAAUCUAGUGGAGAUUGUGGAAGAAUGUAUAAGAAUCUUUUGGCGGUUUGUAAAAGCUGAUAAUGACUCUUCCAUCGUACAUGGGAAGUGUCACCCCGAGAUUGAGAAUGCAGAAGAUUAUGAGCUGUUAAUGGAAGUCCGAAGAAGUCUGCAAAAGAAGGAGAGGAAGCUCAAGGACUGCAUGAAAAGUGAAAAAUGCAUACUGAAGAGAUUCAGAACUUGCAGAGAUGACGAAGACGAUGAUGAUUCAGACCAUGUUCUUUGCUUCUUCUCACAAGUGGACAUGAAAUUAGUUUCUAGGGUUCUUAAUAUGUGUAGGCUAACUAGAGAGCAAUUGCUUUGGUGCUAUAACAAACUAAAUAGGAUUUCUUUUGUAAACAGAAAGAUUCAGGUAGAGUCCUCUUUUUUGCUCUUCCCAUGUUAACAUUUUACUUUUGACCACAUAUAAUCAUCAUGUUUAUAUCUUUUGAUGAUUACAUUCUAAUACUCCGUAUUCUAUAACUUCAAAUAUCAUUUUGUGGAUUAACUUAUUCAUUUGCCUGAAA